GAGUUUUCGAAGCAAUUUCGGAGGUAGCGUUACAUCGCGUGCUUAGCGAUUAAUUUCCCUGAAUCCAUUCACUUCCAGGGAAAACAUAUUUCCGAAUUUAUAUGUUUUCUCAUUCUCAUCGGCUGUCAUAUGUCAAGACCGCACUUAAAUACUCAACGUAUGCACAUGGAGCAUCACCAAGACUGAAAAACAAUGUCCAUUUAUCUCAAAAUUCACACAAAUCCGAAACCCUGACUGUUAAGAAAGAAAGCAAUCCUCAAAUUGAUGAAAUAUCGCUUAAUGCAGCUAUACUUAUCAAACAAUCUGAGUGUGCUUUAACUUCAAAGCACAUUCCUCCUAGGUUCCAGAAAAUCACGAAGUGUUGUAGACAUUUUUGGAUGGCGAAUUUUCCCGAGUGGUCCCGCAUUCUUGAAAUAGAACUAGACAAGGACCCACACCUUCUUGACAAGCAUAUUCUAGAACCUGGUUUCCCUCAUAGUUUCUCCGCUCAGCUUUCAAAAAUUUUUCAUUUCAACAUCAAACUGGCAGGAUUCUUGGAUUCAAGUAUUGCGUCAGGAGAGGUUUUCAAUUUUCUACGGUUUUGUGAUUCCGUUUUCAAAGAAUCGCAAACAGCUAAAGGAUUUCGACGUGGCCAUAUUAUACAGACCUCAAUGGUUUACGAAAAGCUAGCAAAUUAUUACGCGAAAUGUGGCGACUGGAGUGGAUACAUUAAAUUACUGGAACGAAUAAAACGAGAGGGUUUGUUACCUUCAAAAAAUACUUAUUUCUAUGGAUUCGAAUGUUUGGGUAAACUUAUGAACAAAGAUGGGUCUCAAUUUCCACCGUCUUCGCACUCUCAGUCUAUUUCAAAAAAUAAAGCAUUUAAUCGUUUAACUCCCAAAUCAGUUAUACCUAUGGAAAAAAUUGGACACGAAGUUAAAAACCUAAUAGAUGCUGCUGAAGAGGAGGGACAUAACCUAACUCAGGGUUUACUAGGUUUAUCUCUAGAAGAAGGUUCAUUGAAGAAUAUUCUCACUGCUUUGUUGUAUGUCCGACCAAAUAUAAAUCCAAAUCUUAACUACUUUAUGCACUAUUCAUCCAGCAGUAUUUCAACACAUACCAAACGUACCAAAGAAAUAUCUCAUCCAGCUCAAAAACAUUUAGAUAGUGUUAAACACGAACGUAAAAAUCCUUACGCGGGUAUUUUUACGGAUUUCGGUGACAUUUCAAAGGCAUUUAAAAGCCAGAUGCACGUAGAAAAAAUGACAGAAGUCACUGUAUCGCCUGUACUUUCACCAUUCGGUCAAUCAGAAGCUGCCCCUUUAUCCCCAGAACUAAAAAAGAAUUUGCAUAAUGCUUUAAUUAAAGAACGUGAACACUGGCAUCAAGUCCUACUAACUGCCUUUAAUGAACAGUUGAAAAGGCUUAAAAUAAUUCAUGCAAAGGGAAAACUGACAGCUUAUCCAUUCCUGAAGAUCUUGCCUGCAUCAAAUUAUGCAGAUCUGAUGAUUACGGGCAUUGAUAUGUUAAUUGUGGAUUCAGCUUUACAGUAUACCUCUUCAUCAGUUGCUUGUCUUCAACUUGGUCGACGUGUAGAACGUGCUUGUACUGUAUACCGCCAAGAAAAAAUAGGAUAUUUUAAGCAGUUAGAAAAAAUGUACAUGACAUAUGCUACUUUGUUUAAUGAACGUGAAAUGAAAUUUUCUAAUUUCCGUCAUAUGUGGCUAUAUGCGCUGCAGUCACGUAUGGAUCAAGGUCCGAAUACGCAACAUAAUUGGACUUCGUGGCCUCCAACAGUUCUUUUCAUGAUUGGUGAGGUAUUAUACAGUCUUAUAUAUGAACAUUUACGUUUCGACUUAAAUGGCCCACUUAGAGUUCGUCAUGAAUUUUCAAAAAGUGAUGAAAAAACAAGUAGUAAUAUUCGUCGUAAAGACACUCCAGCUAUUUUUGAAGUUCUGGCAGAAUUCCCAACUGAAGUAACUAAUGAAAUUAAGGUUCAUCCAACGUUGAUUAACUGGUAUCGUGAUGCAGAUUAUCCACCUUUAAGUUUCCAUCCAUGUGCUCUACCUAUGCUUUGUCCACCAGUUCCAUGGAUCAAUCUUGAUGAUGCUGGUUAUUUGAUUUCAAGAAAUUAUGCAACACGUCUGAUUAGAUGUACCAGUGUUUCAUCAACAAACUCGACUUAUCAUGAUGACUUGGACUUUGAUUUCAAGCAAAUCCCAUCAAUAUUAGACGCUCUCAACUGUUUAGCUUCCUGCCCAUGGAAAAUUAAUAAUACCAUUUUAGACUACCUUAUUCAAGUGGCUCGUUCUGGUGGCAAUGAAAAUCUCAGUAUUCCCGAGUGGAGAAGUAAACCUAAACGUGUGGAUUUGAGAAAUGAUAUGACCGCCAAAGAACGUCGGCUCGCCUACAGAAAAUACCAUAGUGAUCGACAAGAUUAUGGUGAAUUUUGUUCACUGUGGAGCACUGAACUGUACAGAUUAUCUAUAGCUAAUCAAUAUCGUGACAAAAUUAUUUGGUUUCCACAUAGUAUGGAUUUCCGUGGUCGUGUAUAUCCUUGUCCUCCCCAUUUCAAUCAUACCGGUAGUGAUGUGGCUAGAAGUCUUAUUGUUUUUGCAAAGGGAUUACCUCUUGGUCCUAACGGCCUAGAUUGGCUUAAAAUUCACUUAGUCAAUUUAACAGGUUUAAAGAAAAGAUGCACUCACUCAGAACGUUUAGAAUAUGCCAAUUCUAUAAUGAAUGACAUUAUAGAUUCUGCCGAGAAACCAUUCGAUGGUAGGAGAUGGUGGCAAAAUCAAGCAGAGCCUUGGCAAAUCUUAGCUUGUUCUAUGGAAUUGAAGGACGCUUUGUCACAUCCAUCUGGACCAGAAUCAUAUGUUUCUCAUUUUCCUGUUCAUCAAGAUGGUUCUUGUAAUGGAUUACAACAUUACGCCGCCUUAGGUCGUGAUCUUCGAGGUGCAAAAUCAGUUAAUCUUACUAGUAUGGAUUGUCCACAAGAUUUGUACAGUGACGUUGUUGAAAUCGUAGAAGAACAAAGGCGUAUCGAUGCAGAUGGCGGGAACUCUAUUGCUAAGACACUUGAAGGUUUUGUUCGGCGUAAGGUGAUCAAACAGUCUAUUAUGACUACGGUUUAUGGUGUUACUUCAUAUGGGGCUACUGAACAAAUCCGUAAACAACUUCGUGACUUACCUGAUUUCCCCAAAGAGUCUUUACUCCCUGCUUCUAGAUAUUUAGCUCGUUUAACACUCAGCAGUAUCGAAAAAGUGUUUACAUCUUCAGUGGAUAUUCAAAAUUGGCUUUGCAAAGUAAUCAUCUUGUCGAUUAAUGUCUUACCAUUCUUAUUGUAACAGUUUAUUUUGAUCUUUAUGUGACUUGAUUUUCAAUACUGUUUUCGUUUUACCAUAUAGCUAAAUUCACCAUUAUUUCUUUUGAGGAUUUUUCACGCAGUUUUGUUUCAAUAGCGUCCUUUAAAAACAAGUAUUUACUAUGGUAAAACGAGUUAGUCAUAUGAUAUAAUAUCGACAUUUAUCACUACCAACAACAUUUUCAGUGACUUUCACUGUUACAUUUGCAUUCUGCAUAAAACAUCCUCUUGCACAUUUUAUAGUUUGCUUCUAAAGCAGUAGUUUUUCUUAGUCAAAGCACUGAAACUCUAACUGUUAAGCUACAGAUUUUAACCUCACUUCACUUAUGUUAUGUCAUUUAAGUAGUAUAAUUAUUUUUUGCAAUAUGUAGCCUAAACGAGGACAUAGAGGUUAGUAUCCUGUUACUGUGUUUUUACAUUAAAUCUCACAGUUGCAUACCUACGAAGGUUUUGAAUUUCGAAUAACGUUUUAAGAUUUUCUUCUCAUAUAGGUUUUAUGCUAUAGGUUACUCUACUCUGUAAUAUUUUUUUAGAUACUGUCAGUUACAACAAGUAAACCUAAUAACAUUCGUUGCUAUAUGUCAUGUAAUUUCCAGUAUCGUUGCAGAACUUAUCAUGAUAAUAUGCUUUUAAGCUAUAGUUAAAUUGUUGUUCAUGAAUGAAAGGAAUUUAUCCAAAAUACACACUAUUAUGGAUAGCUCCAUUGCGAGUUACUUAUUUUUGAUUUUCCUUCAAGCAUCAUAAAUCUGACAUCAUCUCAUUAGUUACAAAAUAUGCUUAUCCUAAAAUAUAUUCACAGUGAGUGUACAGACAGGUAACAGUAGUCAAAGCAUAGAGAACAAAAUUAGUAAAUGAUAAGAGUCGUGAGGAAAAAUGAAACAUUGAAAUCAUGAAUUGGUCAAUGUUAGACCACCAUUAAAAACCU